AUGUACGGCCUUAAGAAGCUUGCCCUCGUCGCAGGGGCUCUGCUGCCCUUCGUCAACGCCGCUCCCGUCGCCUCCCAGCCUGAGGCCCGGGCCAUUCCCAACAAGUACAUCGUCACCCUGAAGGCGAGUGCAGAUGUCGAGUCUCAUCUUGCGUGGGCCAAGAAUGUGCAUGCUCGGAGCAUCGGACGUCGCGAUCUCUCUGGAGUCGAGAAGACAUUCAACAUCAGCGACUUCAACGGCUACUCGGGAUCCUUCGACGAUGCUACCAUCGAGGAGAUUAAGGCCAGUGAUGCCGUCGCUGCCGUCGAGGCUGAUCAGAUCUGGAGCCUCUAUGCCCUGACAACCCAGUCGAACGCGCCUUCGUGGGGUCUGGGAGCCGUAUCCCACAAGGCCGGGGCUGGCUCGACCAGCUACGUCUACGACAGCUCCGCUGGCACAGGCACAUAUGCCUACAUCAUUGACACCGGCAUCAACGCCGCCCACAACGACUUCGGCGGCCGGGCCAGCCUGGGCUACAGUGCAGUCACUGGCUCUACCGCCGACACUGUUGGCCACGGCACACACGUUGCAGGCACCAUCGGUGGGACAACCUACGGUGUGGCCAAGGCGGCCACCAUCAUCGCUGUAAAAGUGUUCCAGGGCGAUUCGGGAACAACUGCUGACGUGCUGGACGGCUAUUCCUGGGCUGUUAACGACAUCACCUCCAAGGGCCGUGCCGGCGUCGCAGCCGUCAGCUUGUCACUCGGUGGUGGCGUCUCCACGGCUUUCAAUAACGCUGUCCAGUCUGCGUACACCUCCGGUGUCAUCAGCGUCGUUGCUGCUGGUAACGAGGCCCAGAACGUUGCCAAUGUCUCCCCCGCUUCAGCUCCCAACGCCAUCACUGUCGGUGCUACCACCAACGCGAACCGAUGGGCCACGUACUCGAACUUUGGUAGCGGUGUCGACAUCCUUGCCCCUGGCACCAGCAUCACCUCCGCCUGGAUCGGCUCCAACUCCGCGACCAACAGCAUCUCUGGCACCUCCAUGGCAACCCCCCACGUCACUGGCCUCGUUCUCUACCUCAAGGCUCUCGAGGGUCUGGCGUCUCCUGCCGCAGUUGCCUCCCGCAUUAAGGCUCUAGGGUCGUCUGGUAUCAUCACCGGUGUGCCUAGCAGCACCGUCAACCUCCUUGCCUACAACGGAAACGGUGCUUAG